AUGACUGAUAAAAUCCUGUCGAUAGCAGACCUGGAAGAGGCAGGUUCAAGAGUCCUACCAAAGCAGGUAAAAGAAUUCUUCAACGCAGGAGCCACAAACCAGGUAACCCUACACGACAACUCAGCAGCCUACCGUAAAUAUCGCCUGUUGCCGCGCGUUUUAAAAGAUGUAUCAAACGUGAAUACAAAAACCCCUUUAUUCGACGGCAAAAUCUCAUUCCCACUCUGCGCCUCUCCAGCUGGAAUCCAAGCAAUGGCCCAUCCAGACGGCGAACUCGCAACAAGCCGAGCAUGCGCGAAGAUGGGCGUACACAUGGGCGUGUCCUCGUACGCGAAUUACCCCGUCGAACAAAUCACGCAUGCUUCCAAGGAGGCCGGAGCUGGGCCCAUUAACCACGCCAUGCAGUUAUACAUCAUGAACGACAAGGCCAAGCAGGAGCGAAUCGUGCGCCGCGCCGAAGCCGCAGGGUGCAAAGCGAUCUUCCUCACGGCAGACAGCCCUGUGCUGGGUGUUCGGUACAACGAGUGGCGGAAUGGGUUCAAGCCCCCUCCUGGCCUGGGCUAUCCAAUGUAUGAAAGAUCCUCAGAGUGGAUUCAAAGCCAAUCGCAUGACGAUGGGUUUACGGCUUCGAACUCGGAUUCGCAUUCUUGGGCUGUGGAUAUCCCAUGGUUACGAAGGGUAACUAACAUGGAGAUUUGGAUUAAAGGGGUCUUGACGCCGGAGGAUGUCGAGACGGCGAUUGAGUAUGGAUGUGAGGGUGUGAUUAUUAGUAACCAUGGUGGGAGACAGUUGGAUGAGACUCCCGCUACUCUUGAUGCUCUGCCUGCGUGUGCGAAGGCUGCGCGAGGGCGGAUUAGAAUCCAUGUUGACGGGGGAAUCAGGACUGGAUCGGAUAUAUUCAAGGCGUUGGCACUGGGUGCGGAGUGUUGCUGGGUUGGGCGUCCGGUAUUAUGGGGGCUCGCGCAUGAUGGCCAAAAAGGGGUCGAACUGAUGUUCCAGAUUCUGUUUGAUGAGUUCAAGCGAUGCAUGCAACUGACCGGUUGCAAGACGAUAUCUGACAUCAGCCCUGCCUCUCUGGCAGUGGUGCGGGCUGAUGGGCCUUUGGCACGACUUUAG